AGCUGCCUCGACAACAAGCAGUCUGUCCCGUGUUCAGUGUGAGAGCUGAUCCUCGGUGCAUCUCAGGAGGCUGUCAGGUAAGAAGAAGAAGAAGAAGAAGAAGAAGAAGAAGAAGAAGAAGAAGAAGAAGAAGAGCUGGAGGAGGAUGUCGGCUGUGAAGAUGAUGGAGGGCAGCGUGCAGCUGGAGAGCCUCAAAGCGCCGCUCUUCUACAGGCAGAGUGAACCGGCCACGGGGGAGGUGAAGAUGUCAGUUUUACUCCUUCACGGCAUCCGUUUCUCCUCAGAAAACUGGCUCAACAUCGGCACCCUGGACACUCUGGCCAAAGCAGGCUGCCGGGCCGUCGCCAUCGACCUGCCAGCACUCGGUCGCUCCAAGUCAGCCGAGGCCCCGGCAGCGGUCGGAGAACUGGCCCCUGCAGACUUCCUGAAGGAGUUGUGUGGGCAGCUGAGCCUGAUCCCGGUGGUGGUGAUCAGCCCGUCCCUCAGUGGGAUGUACUCCCUCCCCUUCCUGCACCAGCACCAGAACCUGAUCCGAGCCUACGUCCCUGUUGCUCCCAUCUGCACCGACAAAUUCACAGCAGAGCAGUACCAGAGCAUCAAGGUCCCAACGCUGAUCGUUUAUGGUGAUCAGGACACGCAGCUCGGAGAACAGUCACUCAGAAACCUGAGCAACCUGGCCAAUCACAGAGUGGUGGUGAUGAAAGGGGCGGGCCACCCCUGUUACCUGGACGACCCGGACACGUGGCACAAGGCGCUCACAGACUUCCUUCAGUCGCUGUGAAGCUGUUCGUGUUGAAUCAGUCGAUUCUCGGCAACACAGUCACGCAUGUAAACGUGUUAAUCAUUCGUUAGAUGUUUUUGGACAAACGUCCUCGUGCACAACCUGAUUCUGACUUCUUAAAUCAUACUUUCUAUUGUGCCCCUGCUGAUGAUAACACACACAUUUCCCCCAAAUGACUGAGUUUAGACGACAAGUUUUAACACUAAAAAUCAAUUCUCGAAUAGAAACAUUUGCGAUAAGAAGUAUUCAUAUUUCAAAUAUUCACUGUCACUCGUUCAUAAUCGUUUAAGUCAUAAUGUUGAAAUAACAUGAACACUACAAAGACGUGUUGUAUUAUGAUUAUGUGCCAAACUUGUUGCUGCACCAGUGCUUUUCCCUGGAAAACACUUAAAUGUUGCUUGACUUGUUCUUCAGGGAUUUAUGCUAAUAACUUACUUUUCUGAAUAGUCAAUGUCACUCUGCGUCAGUGUUUCUCAAACUGCUUUGGACCAAGGACCACUUAAAAACCUAAAAAUGUAUAUUCCAAAUUAUAACCUAAUUAGAUGUCAGUCUGGCAAAAAAAAACCUCGCUGUCUUAAUGAGAAGAAGGGAGACACAUUAGUGGAGCGAUCUCUCCAAACUGGAGAAUUUUAGUCUUACAGCGGCUGAUCGUUUCUGACACGAAUCAUAUAUACUUCAUGCAGGAAGUGUCGCAAAACAGGCUGACAAUAUCGCAGAACAGCCACUUUUUGUAAUAAUGUUUGAAUUGACCUACAAGUUGAUUUAAUAUUAAAGACAACACAUCUAUCCCACUCACUACGAGACUUUGGAGCUGCUCAGUACCGCAUACAGUUUGAGAAACUCUUGAUUUAAGACAUGAUAUUUUGCCAAAUCCACUCGCGGACCACUAGCGGGCUCUCCACGGCCCACACUGAAGGAAAGACUGCUCAACAACACAACACAACAACUUCAUACAUUCCAAGAGAGUACCUUUUUUUUUUUUUUUUUUUUUUUUUAAAAACAUUGAGUCCACAAAGUCACACAUUUUUCGCAGAGUUUUCAAUUUGAGGGACAUUUACAUUAAUUUUCCAAGUCCAGAUCUCAUUUGUCCAUUUUUUUUUCAACACCACAUGAAUGCGCCAUUAUUCACUUUGCAUACAGGAAGUUCGAUAAAAAUAUGUUUAUAUGCCAAAUUGAAUACCAUCAAGCGGUGAACUUAGAAUAAACACUAGAAACAAACGAAAGAUAAUGGAAAGCACAGCUGUCUAAAGGUAUAAUCAGCCCACCAGCACACUAAUUAACAUGUUA